AUGUCACCUUAUCCAAGCUGUAUCAAGAUGAAUCUGGAAACUAUAAACUCAACUCCUAAUGGACCAUGGAUACUUGCCGGAGAUUUCAACGAGAUUAUUGAUAAUACUGAGAAGAUUGGAGGACCUGCAAGGGAUGAAUGCACAUUCAGGGAUUUCAGGCAUAUGUUAUCUGUUUGUGAUCUAUCUGAUUUGAAGUCCAAAGGUGAUCAUUUCUCGUGGGUGGGGGAGAGAAGGGACUACACAGUCAAAUGUUGCCUUGAUCGAGUGAUGAUAAACUCAGAAUGGGCAUCCCUGUUUCCAACUGCAGAGGCUGAAUUUUUGGAAUUUGAUGGUUCUGAUCAUAAACCAAUCCUAACAACAAUUCAACCUCGACAUUCUUAUACAACAAAGGCCUUUCGUUUUGACAAAAGACUUAUUGAAAUAGAGAAUUUCGAUACAAUAGUUGCAAACGGAUGGAACUCCUGUAAAAAACAGAAUCAUUACUCGAUUUGUGAUCAAAUCAGCAACUGUCGCAGAGAAAUGGCAAAAGGAAAGCACAAAACUAAUUUAAACUCAGCAAAACGCAUUGAUCACUUUCAACUUCUUCUAAACAGAGCAAUGGAGAGCACAAACAGGAAUAACCGAAGCCAUAUUCCAUAUUUGCAAAGAGAACUCAGUAAAGCGUAUAGGGAUGAAGAGUACUACUGGAAAAAUAAGAGUAGAAAUCGAUGGCUAACUCUUGGUGACCGUAACACAAGUUUCUACCAUGCUAGUACUAAGACUAGAUAUGCUAGAAAUCACAUUUCUAGUAUACGAGACUCAAGUAAUAUCUGUCACUCUGGAGAUCAUCAGAUUGGAGUUCAUGCUCAAGAAUAUUUUUCUAAAAUAUAUACAUCAAGCAGAGUCCCUGUCUCACCUAUUGAUUUUAGAGAUUUCCCUCCUACUAUAUCAACCUCUAUAAAUGAAGACCUUGUGAGGGAGUUCACUGAUGAAGAAAUCUUCGAGGCAAUCUCUUCCAUUGGGGAUGAUAGAGCUCCUCUCCCAGAUGGCCUAACUGCACGUUUUUAUAAACAUUACUGGCACAUCAUAGACAGUGAUAUAAUUGCAGAGGUUCGAGAGUUCUUUGACACCUCGCACAUGAAUUCGGGUAUCAAUCACACUAACAUUUGUAUGAUCCCUAAGAUAGAGAAACCUCAGACGCUAUCCGAUUAUAGGCCUAUAGCUUUAUAUUGGGUAAUGGCAUCAGUGCGGUCUGUAAGUUACUCAGUCUUGAUUAAUGGUACACCAUAUGGUGAUCCCCUAUCACCAUAUCUUUUCAUACUUUGUGCUGACAUUAUGAGCCACCUAAUCAAGAAAAGAGUUUGCUCGGGAGAUAUCAGAGGUAUACGUAUAGGAAAUGGGGUACCUCCAAUCACUCAUUUACAAUUUGCAGAUGACUCCCUUUUUUUCUGUCAAGCGAAUGCUCGAAACUGCAAAGCAAUCAAGGAAGCGUUUGAAGUGUAUGAGUAUUACUCAGGACAACAGAUCAACACAAGCAAAUCUCUAAUCACUUUUGGUUCUCGUGUUAAUGGACAGCUUCAGAAUAGAUUGAAAAAGAUUCUUGCAAUACCAAACAAUGGUGGUGGUGGAAAAUAUCUUGGUUUACCAGAGCAGUUCGGUAAAAAAAAGAGUGAAAUGUUCCAUUACAUAAUCGACAAUGUUAAACAACGAACUGCUUCAUGGAGGGGACAUUAUCUCUCACCUGCAGGAAAAGAAAUUCUUAUCAAGUCAGUUGCUCUAGCCAUGCCAGUGUACUCAAUGUCCUGUUUUAAAAUCCCACUUGGAGUCAUUUCUGAAAUAGAGUCAGUCAUUCAAAAAUUCUGGUGGGAUAAGAGUAAUCAUGACAGAGGCAUAUCUUGGAUAGCAUGGAAACGUUUGCAAUAUUCUAAGGCUGAUGGAGGUUUGGGAUUUAAAAAUCUAGAGCGUUUUAAUGAUGCUCUACUUGCAAAACAAGCUUGGAGAUUGAUCCAUUACCCGAAUACUUUAUUUGCUAGAGUUUUUAAGGCUCGAUACUACAAGGAUGACUGUGUUAUGCUAAACAGAGAGAAAAUCAAUCAUAUGGUUGGUCAUCAAUUUUAG